AGAGCUGCCGCCUGGCCUCGCCUCCCGGGCCGUCCCUGCGAGUCCCGGGCUCGUGAGCACGCCUGCGCGCUCCCGGGCCCUUCCUGGCAGGCUGCUUGCGCGCGAAGAUGAUGGCCAUGAACGCCAAGCAGCCUUUCGGCAUGCACCCCGUGCUUCAAGAGCCCAAAUUCUCCAGCCUGCACUCCGGCUCCGAGGCCAUGCGCCGAGUCUGUCUCCCAGCCCCGCAGCUGCAGGGUAAUAUAUUUGGAAGCUUUGAUGAGAGCCUGCUGGCACGCGCCGAAGCUCUGGCGGCUGUGGAUAUCGUCUCCCACGGCAAGAACCAUCCGUUCAAGCCCGACGCCACCUACCAUACCAUGAGCAGCGUGCCCUGCACGUCCACUUCGUCCACCGUGCCCAUUUCCCACCCGGCAGCGCUCACCUCGCACCCGCACCACGCGGUGCACCAGGGCCUCGAGGGCGACCUGCUUGAGCACAUCUCGCCCACGCUGAGCGUGAGCGGCUUGGGAGCUCCAGAGCACUCUGUAAUGCCGGCACAGAUCCACCCGCACCACCUGGGUGCCAUGGGCCACCUUCACCAGGCCAUGGGCAUGAGCCACCCACAUGCUGUGGCGCCUCACAGCGCCAUGCCCGCGUGCCUCAGCGACGUAGAGUCGGACCCGCGAGAGCUGGAGGCCUUCGCUGAGCGCUUCAAGCAGCGGCGGAUCAAGCUGGGGGUGACUCAGGCGGACGUGGGCGCGGCUCUCGCCAACCUCAAGAUCCCCGGUGUAGGCUCGCUUAGCCAGAGCACCAUCUGCAGGUUCGAGUCUCUCACUCUCUCGCACAACAACAUGAUCGCGCUCAAACCGGUGCUCCAGGCCUGGCUGGAGGAAGCCGAGGCUGCCUACAGAGAGAAAAACAGCAAGCCGGAGCUCUUCAACGGCAGUGAACGGAAGCGCAAACGCACGUCCAUCGCUGCACCCGAAAAGCGCUCACUCGAGGCCUACUUUGCCAUCCAGCCUCGGCCCUCAUCCGAGAAGAUCGCGGCCAUUGCUGAAAAGCUGGACCUUAAAAAGAACGUGGUGAGGGUCUGGUUCUGCAACCAGAGACAGAAACAGAAACGAAUGAAGUACUCGGCUGUCCACUGACUGCGACGGGAUGCAGCGUCAGGGGCCCGGAGAGCUGAGUGUUCUUCCACCCACACCUCAUCAAGGGGAGGGGACGCUUAUGUGGGACUCCAAGACCGUUCCUGGAAGGUCAGGCUCUCUACCCUAAAGCCACAGACUUACCCUCCUUUAUCCUGCCCGGUUGCCUCCGGCCUUCUCUUCCUCUCUCCCUCUUUUUAUUCCUGUCAGAAAAGUUUUGGCGCUAAGAAAAAAAAAAAAAUCACGAAGGGCACAGCUUGGCGCUGUCCGUGGUGCUGAAAUCCGCCCUCGCGCGCUGGACUGCGCUCUCACAGGCAAGAGCCCUAACAGAGGGGAUAAAGUGAAUCGUCCCAACCGCACGACUCGCUAGUUAAGGCGCCACUUUGCUGCGCGCGGUUAGGCGAGGGGUAAAGGGAUGGGAAGGAAAUUAUACAUAAUUAUACGAAGUGUAUAAGAGGCACAAACAUGUACUGGAGAUUUAUUUAGAGUAUAUAAAAUAUAUGUAUGUUUCCAAAGGAUAGCCUUAUACUCCCUCCCCAGUCUAUAUUUUAAUCCACCCCAUCCUUUGGGUUGCUGUAAAUUAAUUCCCUCAAGUAGCAUGGAUUAGAAUCAGGGAAAGUGUGCAUGGAGUUGCAGUCUCCGAGCUGUUCAGGGGUAUGUAAGGCUCCGAACUGGUGGGCCAAAUUCAGCAUUGAAAAUGUUGGGAUCACUUAGCUAUAUACAAGUAGCAGCCAGCACCUGCUCUGACCCAUCCUCCACCGUCUGCUGGCUUUUGAGGGGUAAUUAUCAACUGCUGGAGAGCAAGGUGGGGGAUUGAUUGUAGUGUUUGGAAGAACUGAGGACACUAUCACCUGCUCAGUGUUCCAAGCAGCCUCCCAUCACAGAAUGCAGAGGCACCUGCUCGAAAGUAAUCGUUACUUCUCAGAAUCAUAUGCAAGUCCUUCUAAGUCAAACCUCCUCACAGUGUAUAUUAUUGUUGUUGGCAUUGUUAUCUCCUAGUAUUUAUUUAACUCCACUUCUUUCCAUUCCCCUUAGAUGGGUGUCUCUGGAUGGAAAUUCACUUAUAGUUCUGGCCGGAAAGAGGGGGUCAGAUCACCUGCCUGGUCCCUUCUCACCCCAGUCCCUCUGGCCCCUUCACAUUUUAUUCUUUCGUUGUUUUAUGUAAUUUGUGUGUUGCUGUGUGACCUUUGGUUUCAUUCUCUGAAUAGAUACAAAUAAAAUACUAAGCUUUCUUCUCUCCUAAUCCUUUGAAUUAACUUCUAAAAUAAAUGCUUUAUUUUUC